CUGUGUACGUCAGCUGUCAAAUCGAAUCACAAAUUUUCACGGCUUUCGGUAUUAUUGUUACAGUUUUCCAAGCUUUUCCCGGAGUUGAGCAUAUGCAUAAGCGUUGAUCGGUCGCCGUACUUACACCGGGCAUUGUUAUGCCUGCCGUACACUGAGUGUCGUUUGUCAUUGGGCCGCAGUGCUAGCCAGUUGAGUGGGUCAGCUAGAGAAACAUGUCGUUCGUUGGCACGGGGGGCGGUGGUCAGGAUGUCCACAAGUUCGUCGAGGCACUCCAGGCGGACUUCAAGACCCUUUCGCUGGAGACCAAGAAGAAGUAUCCCCAGAUCAAGGAGGCAUGCGAGGAGGCUAUUUCCAAGCUCUGCACCGCCGGUAGCAGCCAGCAGAACUCGGUCUACUACACCGUAAACCAGAUACUCUAUCCCCUCGUCCAAGGAUGCGAGACAAAGGAUCUCAAGAUCAUCAAGUUUUGUCUUGGGAUGAUGCAACGCCUCAUCACCCAGCAGGUGGUGGAUCAAAAGGGCGCCCUGUACAUCACCAACGCUCUGUGGACCCUUAUGGAAAACAAUAUAGAGGAGGUUAAGGUCCUGCAAACAGUAACCCUUCUGCUGACCACCAACACCGUGGUGCAUGGAGACACAUUGGCCAAGGCCUUGGUCCUGUGCUUUCGGUUGCACUACCAUAAGAAUCCCACGAUUGUGAACACAGCCGGUGCCACAAUCCGGCAGUUGGUGUCCCUGGUUUUUGAACGUGUCUAUCUGGAGAAGGAUUCUGUGAGCAGCCUACAACAUCCACAACAACCACCAGCUGAAGGCGAUGGCGGUGGCCAGGAUGUGCAGACGUUUGCUUCGGAUGCUUUUCUGCUGUUUCAGGACCUGGUGCAGCUGGUGAACGUGGAGCAGCCCUUCUGGUUGGUGGGCAUGACCGAGAUGACGCGAACAUUCGGCCUGGAGCUGUUGGAGGCAGUUCUUACGAACUUCAGUGCAGUUUUCCACGAGAGCAACGAUUUCCGACUAUUGCUAAAGGAGAGGGUAUGCGCCCUGGUCAUCAAAUUGUUUUCCCCGAACGUCAAGCACCGACAGCUCCCGGCCCCCAGCAACGGAAAUGCUCCGGCCGCAGCAGAAAAACCAUAUUUUCCGAUAAGUAUGCGACUACUACGCCUUGUGGCUGUUCUUAUUCAGAAGUACCACACCAUCCUGGUCACCGAGUGCGAGAUAUUCCUAUCCCUGAUCAUAAAGUUUCUGGAUCCGGACAAGCCGAGUUGGCAGCGCGCCUUGGCCUUGGAGGUCAUCCACAAACUUGUGACCCGCUCCUCGCUGAUAGCCUUCUUCUGCAAGUCAUACGAUCUGAAGAACCAUGCCACUAACAUUGUCCACGACAUGAUUGCUGCCAUGGGCAGCUAUGUUCGCUAUUCCCUGUUCAACGCCUCGACAAUGCUUAAUGGCCAGCAGAAUGGAAUGGCCACCACGCUGACCGCCUUGUCGGGUAACAACCAGUGCGGCUUCAUGUUCCGAGGAGCCUACUUGCCGCUGGUGGCCACAUUCGCCCCAGGAGUGCCCAAGGCAGUAUACUUGGAAAUGCUGGAUAAACUGGAUGCUCCAAAUAUACCAGAUAGCUAUGGCAUCUCCGUGGGUCACGCCAUACUCCUGGACAUGACCCGCUCCAUUGGCGGAGUCAUUACGCGCACACCGGAACUGCAUCCCAGUCAUAACACCGCCGUAAUUACGGAAGAGGAGCACAAACCGCUCUGUCUGCAGCUUAUCGACUCCAGCUGGUCUGCCCUUCUCAGCGCCUUCAUUCCGUUGGUUGAGACCUCCAUUGAUGAGGCCACCACUGAGAACAUUCUCAAGGCGAUGCAAAAUUACGCGGCUCUGUGUGGUAUGCUGGAGCAGCUGCAGCCCCGUGAUGCCUUUAUAAUGGCCAUGUGCCGAGCCUCCUUUCCGCCCCACUAUGCCAUGUCCAUAUUUGCCAAUACCACACAAGCAGAUGGUGAUCUAAGAUGUCACACUCGCAGCGGCAGCCAGGAUUUGAGCAGCCACUUAAUAAACAACUGCAGCGGGGAUUCCGGUGACUUUAGGCCCAAUGUCGUGGCCGUGGGCACACCACUACCGUCGGCCUCACUCCCGCACAGCGUGAUGCAGGCACCAGUGAUGCUGACCAACAAGAACCUACAGUGCAUGCGGGCCAUCCUAUUUCUGGCGCACAACAACGGUGGCAUUCUGGGCACCUCGUGGCACAUUGUGUUGCAAACCCUGCAGCAUCUGGUGUGGAUUCUGGGCCUAAAGCCCUCCACCGGAGGCAGUCUUCAGGCCAUGCCCAAGCCGGCGGCUGAGGCAAAUGUGGGCAUACAAACGGCCGUGAUGGCUGAUCUGCCGGUAUUGUCACAAAUGUUGAGCCAGCUGUUCGAGUCCAGCCAGUACCUGGACGAUGUGGCCCUCCACCAUCUCAUCGAUGCGCUGUGCAAGCUCUCCCACGAAGCUAUGGAACUGGCUUACGCCAAUCGCGAGCCCUCGCUAUUCGCAGUGGCCAAGCUUUUGGAGACGGGUCUGGUGAACAUGCCGCGAAUUAAGGUCCUCUGGCGACCCCUUACCAACCACUUGUUGGAAGUCUGCCAGCAUCGACACAUACGGAUGCGGGAAUGGGGUGUGGAGGCCAUCACCUACCUGGUCAAAUCCGCUCUACAGUUCAAGCACAAAACGCCGCUCAAGGAGAAUAUGGAAUUGCAGACCAUGCUCCUGAGCCCACUAUCUGAAUUAUCCACUGUCCUGCACGCCGACGUACGACAACGCCAGUUGGACUGCGUCCUCCAGAUCCUGAACACCGCGGGGGAGAUUCUUUCCUUCGGCUGGCCGGCUAUCAUCGAGAUCAUAGGAGCUGUAAACGAACAUCACGGCGAGCCACUCAUCCGGACUGCGUUCCAGUGUUUGCAGUUGGUCAUCACCGAUUUUCUCACAGUGAUGCCCUGGCGGUGUCUGCCCCUGUGUAUCAGCACAGCGGCGAAGUUUGGAUCCCAAACCCAGGAGCUGAAUAUUUCUCUUACGGCUAUUGGUCUGAUGUGGAACAUUUCGGAUUUCUUCAAUCAAAAUCAGGAUAAGCUCAUGUCCACGCAGCUGCAGGACGUGGCCAUCUUGCCCGAUUUUCCGGGCACGGUGAAGAUGCCGCAGUUCGACAAGCUGUGGAUGUGCCUGUACGCCAAACUGGGCGAGCUGUGUGUGGAUCUGCGUCCGGCGGUUCGCAAGUCGGCCGGCCAGACGCUCUUCUCCACCAUCUCGGCCCACGGCAGCCUGUUAAAUCCGCCUACCUGGCAGGCUCUGGUCUGGCAGGUGCUCUUCCCGCUGCUGGAUAACGUCCGCGCUCUGAGCAGCUCGGCCAGCAACGAGAAGGUGGACGCCAGCGGCAACAUUCUCAUCCAUCAUUCACGAAACACCGCCCAAAAGCAGUGGGCAGAGACGCAGGUGCUAACGCUUUCGGGCGUAUGUCGGGUGUUCAACACCAAGCGGGAACUGCUCCAGAUGCUGGGCGACUUUGAGCGGGCCUGGUCUCUCAUCCUGGAGUUCAUCCAGAACGCGGCGCUUAGCAAGAACGGCGAGGUAUCGUUGGCAGCCCUCAAGUCUCUCCAGGAGAUCAUGUACCAUACUACCACGGAGCGACCAGAGCGCUCGCUGAAGGAUCCACAGACGUCACAGGAACAGGAUGAUGAGAUCUGGACUAUUGCCUGGAAUAUUUGGUUGAGUAUCGGCACAGAGAGCACCAAAAUGUCCACGUCGACCAUUAAGCAGCAGCAACAGAGUAGUAAUGGAGCCGACAACCAAGAGGACUUCUACAUUCCCAGUCAGGCCUUCCUCACCGCCCUGAUACAAAUCUUCCCCGCCAUCUUUCAGCACAUUCAAGUCAAAUUCAGCGCGGAAGACUUUGACAAGUUCUGUACUGUACUGACGAAUGCUGUCUGCAUUCCUGUCCAAACCGAUGCAGUGCCCUACAUCAUGUCCACAGUUUCGGACACACUGCUGACACCGUUGCACGAUGGCAUCCUUGAUUGCAUGGAACUAAUACAAAAGGAGGCCACCAAACCCGACUCGCACAUCCGCCAGCUUAUUCCCGCCAUUUUCCGGCAGCUGCUGAUCUUCAGCAAGUUUGCCUGCGCCCCACCUACGUUCCAGCAAAGCGUCGAACACAAGUACGCCAAGUCCUCGGGCCACUAUGCCAACAAUGCCUCCGUUGAGGUGGUCAGCAUGAACUACAUACCGUUCGGCGAGAAGUCCAUCAGUAUUUCCGUGAAGCUCUAUCAGACGACGGCCACUGAGGAGCCGGUGGUGCAGGAGCAGAUCCUACACGACAUCGUCAAGGCACUGCGCACACCGCUGGCGAUGAAGUACAAGUGCCUGUCCUCCAGCACCUGGAAGCUGGCCAUCUCAAGUCUCAUUGGAGUGCUGCACACAGGUCUCAAGGUGGCGCGAGCCAAGCCUCAGUAUUUCACUAGCCUCUGGGACGACCUCGCAGAUACAUUGGACAAAUUCCUGUUCCCGGCCAGCGUCUGCACAGUGGAGGAUAGGGGCCUGGAGGAGAUUGUCCUGGACGAAACGAUUGACUGUCAGGUGAUCGAACUGCUCCGGGACGAGGUUCUGCCGUAUGCCCACGAGAUGCCCCAUCAGUUCAUCAUGCAGAUUGUGGUGCUGCUGAACAAAGGCUCUAUCCACUCUGCAUCCGACACGAAUAUCUGCUACGAAUCGGACUGGAAGCUGCGGGAAAUCUUUGCCAAGACGUGCUUUGAGACCCUGCUGCAGUUUUCACUUCUGGAGGAUCAGGCCUCGGCCAGCAACAACAAUCGCCUUAAUGCCAAUAUUUUGCCAGUUGUCGGUGCUGCUGGCGCCGCAGGAUUGGGCGGCAAGGACUUUGCUGGCCGCCUAGCGGUCACUGCCCUGCUGCAUCGCUUCCAAGAGGUUCUCAAACGGUUUAAUGAUGAUGAGCGCCAGAGUGGAAAAUGUCCGUUGCCCAGGUUCCGGUUGUCUGAGAUAUCCUUUGUGCUCAAAGCCAUUGCUACCCUCGUUGUGUCCAUGAAGAAAGCUCCGGCCUCAAAGGUUAACAAGCCAGCCUGGGAUCAGCUUAUUGGCCUGUACCCCUAUUUGGUGGACUGUACCACAACCACGUCUCCGGAGGUGUCUCGGUCUCUGCGCGAAGCUCUGCUCCAGUACACGGAUCUCCUGCAGGCACCGCGCACCUUUACCACCUCCGGCAGCAACGACAACGCAAUACAAUCGAAUGGACAAGAGUGAAAGUAUGCCUAGGGAUACCCAGAGACCAAAAGUUAGAUCCAAAGCCAGUUUUGGAUCGCGGAUCCUGGCUGGGGGCAGCUGUGCGAUGUUUUUUCUUAGAUGUUUAAGUGCGAACCGUUUGAAUAUAUAUAUAUAUUUAUUUUGUGGAUAAUUUAUGUAUGUUAAUCUUAGCCCCUACCCUGCAUAGAUGUAACGACACACCAUCUAUGUACUUACACACAUACCUAUGCGUAUAUAUAUAUUUGUAAAAGUAUUUUGUAGUUGAGCUAUAAAGUAUAUAGUAGGUCGUCUACUCGGCGUUGCCGAAAAAAGAGGCCAAAUAACCAAGAUAAAACCCUAAUGAAACGCUUGGCAGACGGCGGAAACGCAGACAGCAGAUUCCUUUAGUACCUUUUCGAGACGCAAAGACAAAGAACUAUAUUAGCUAUAGCUAUACACUUAUACAAAUCUAACUACGAUCUAUUUGUGUAGCGCAUUUUAAAGUAACGACUUGCGUGUUAUCUGAAUCAAAUAUUAACCAUUUAACCAUGAUGCAACCAACCAACUUUGUAGUGACGUUUUUAAAUAAAGCAAAAAUUAUUAUUACCAA